UGAGUCUUCUUUUUUGCCAUUAGAGGGAAAAAAAAAUGAAGGCAUCAAGCAUUCAAUCCAUGGUGAUCCUUCUGCUAUUAUGUGUCUCAUUGGGGGUGACGGAAACACGGGCAGGUACUGGCAAAACACCUCCGGGAGCCAAUCCAACACGGCCUGUCAAACCACAGCGUGUGACAUGCUACAACCAUGGUAGCAAAUGCUUUUUGAAAUAUGUAACAUGCCCAGCUCAGUGUCCCCAGGUCCAACCUAAAGAUGGGAAAUCUAAGGGAUGCUUUCUUGAUUGUUACUCCCCCAAAUGUGAGGCUGUUUGCAGAGGACGUAAACCAAAUUGCAAUGGCGUGGGAGCUGCCUGCUUUGACCCUCGCUUCAUAGGUGGAGAUGGCAUUGUGUUCUACUUCCAUGGCAAGGGCAAUGAGCAUUUCAGCCUAGUCUCUGAUAUCAAUCUCCAAAUCAAUUCCCGAUUCAUUGGUCUCCGCCCUGCUGGAAGAACCCGGGACUAUACAUGGAUCCAGGCCUUGGGUCUCAUGUUUGGCUCUCACACCUUUACCCUUGAAGCCACAAGAACAGAAAAAUGGGACAACGAGGAGGAUCACUUGCAGUUCUCUUACGAUGGAGAAGCUUUAUCCAUUCCAGAAGGCCUUUACUCGGAAUGGACCUCUCCAGAGAACAAUCUCAAAGUGGAGAGGAUUGCAAGCAAGAACAGCGCCACAGUCACCCUCUCAGAAGCUGUAGAGAUAUCAGUUAAUGUGAUUCCAGUGACGGAGGAAGAUAACAGAAUCCACAAUUACCAGAUACCUUCCAACGACAGUUUCGCCCACUUGGAAGUACAAUUCAGGUUCUUUAAUCUGUCAGCUCAAGUUGAGGGCGUUCUUGGACAGACUUACCAACCUAACUUCCACAAUACAGCAAAGGCAGGUGUUGCAAUGCCUAUUGUGGGUGGGGCGGAGAAGUACAGGACUAGUUCCCUUCUCUCGGCAGACUGCAAGUCGUGCCUGUUCUCUCCCAGCAACAAUGUGACAGGAGAGGGCUUGCUAUCUAUGGAAUAUGCCGCACUUGACUGCACCAGUGGGGUUGGGAGCGGCAAUGGAAUAGUGUGCAGGAAAUGAAGGACUAAAUGUGGUUCUUCCUUUGUGUGAUGUUCGUUUGAAAUAGCUUUUAAGAAUUUCCGUUUAAGGUGAUUAUGACAGUAAAACUGCUGUGUGAAAUAAGGAUUUAGAAAGGCUUGUGGUGGUCCUUCUCUACUGAUGUUGGUUUUCCACUCCAAGAAAAUGGUCUUUCUACGUGUAAGAUGCAUACCUUUUAUUUGGUUGUAAGUUUGAAGCAAA